AUGUCCACGAACAUCCGCGUCUUCGUCAAGUUCAAAGAAUCCACCGUAUUCGCCGGCGAAGACGUUGAAUGCACGGUGACAUUCAAGAACAUUGCUCUUGCGCCCGGCACUGAGCGGUCACUUACACGAGGGGCCAAGCCUAAUGGCUUCAUCCCUGCCGGAGAACGACAGAGAAAGGCUGCACCACUACAGCCAAAUGCGAGACCUGCCCCGUCGAGAGCUCCUUCAGUCACCUCUCAAGCUACUACGCAGUACACGAGGGGCCACCGACCCGCGCUGUCCUUGAAUACUCCCCCCAGCUUUACUAGUGGACAUCCCCUAGGGGCAUCAAGCGGAGUGACAGGCGGGCCUCCGGCUUCAGGACAGAAACAUGGGAGAUCAUUGUCUAUAGUGUCACUUGGAAAUGAUGGCUCAGGAGACGCAGGUCCUUCGCGAACAGCGGUUGGACCCACGCGGAGGCCAUCCUGGGGUCAUGGACGGUCCGCAAGUCUCCACGGCAUGCCCGGUAGAGGUUUGGGCGGCCCUCACCCAACAUCUCCAGAUGGUCAUUCCGUAAUUCAACCCUCGCCGCUUGUCGCAUCGUCGUCUCCCCCGACUGUCCCCGAAGAACAGCCAGCAUUCACACUACCUCUGCGCUCAGCCCGACGCCUAUCUGGGCAAGCCAUAGGAUCUAGCAAGCCGAACAUACCCCAAUCCACGCAGGAGUCAUCAGAUGCUUUCCCUCGAAGCUUUAGAUUUCCCCGGUCUCCGGAGACCUCUGCUCACGAGCCCUCCGCCACUGCCGCCGAUCACAGAACGAGAGCCCCUAACCGAGGAUCGCAUUCUCCUAGGCCGCCGGACAAGCCUCCAGACCGCACUCAGAACCUGUCGCCCCUCGCCCGGAUCCUUUCCGGAUCAAGCAUGAACGGCACGCCGAGAAGUAGUGGAGAAUUCUAUACCGCUAGUAAUCACUCCGAUGGGACUCUCGCGUCCGAGUACAUACCGCAACCUACAGCACGCCUCCUGCCACGGCCUGCACAUCUCCGGCAAGGCUCGCAAGCGCGAGUUUCUAUGUCGCAGCGACCGCCGGAGGUGUUGAUGAUGGGCUAUGCGCAAGUCAUGGGAUCUUUCACGCUUGAUGGGUCUCUUGUCAACCAAGCGCCUUUCGAGGAGAUCAAGAGGAAGGGCGUCUUCGGAGGUCAAGGCGGCGGGGGCGUGGUAGGUGUCGAGCGGCCGAAAAGAGAGAGCGGGCUCUUUGGGGCGCUUGGAUGGGGUGGUAUUGGCGAGUCUCUCAACGGCCUCAUAGGCGGCAGUGAGCCGAGUAGUAUCAGAGAGAUGAGGAGCAAAGCGACUUCGAAAAGCAUCCCCCUAUUAUCAACCCCGCAAUCAAUCCUGUUCGUUGAUCUGCAGCUUGCGCCAGGAGAGAGCAGGUCUUACAGUUACAGCUUCACCUUACCUCGAGGCUUGCCGCCCACCCAUAAAGGUAGGGCGAUGAAAGUAAAUUAUCAUCUAGCUGUUGGGACGCAGCGGCCAGGCUCGGCGCGAGACCAGCAGGUCAGACAUGUCGACGUGCCCUUCCGUGUCUUCGGCAGCGUCACAGGCCGCGGCGAGAUCCUCGGCCACGACCUAAUGUCUCCCUACAUCCUCCUCCGGGAUGAAGCCCGUACCUCCAGCCUCGACCCGCCGACCCCCUCACACACCACCACCGCGAUCUCCGCCGCCAAAAGCAGCAAAGACGCCGCCGCCGGCCUCGAAGACUUCCAAAACUACAUCACUGCCCUCCUCACCGCGCCCUCCCCCUCGAGCGGCCUCCUCUCCCCCACCACCGCAACACCUCUCCGCCGCCGCUCCACUCUCGCCGUCCUCGACGAACCCCUCCCCCGCACCGCCAAAGAAUCCAUCGACCUCGCAAUCCUACGCUCGAACAUCUCCUCCCCCGGCGCGCCCUCCCCCUCCCGCUUUUCCAUCGCGCGCUCCGGCCGGCCGGUCGGAGUGCUGCACCUCGCGCGGCCCUCGUACCGGCUCGGCGAAAGCAUCGACGUGGUCAUUGACUUCAGCGGCGCGGACAUCCCGACCUAUGCCGUCGCGAUCAGUCUCGAGAACUGCGAGCGCGUGGAUCCGGCCCUCGCGCUGAGGAGCGAGGGGAGCGUGGAGCGCGCGACGCGGAAGGUGCUCGCGGCGCAGACGGAGAAUACGCUCUGGGCGAGACGCGUGGCGGUGUGUCUGGCUGUGCCGGGCAAUGCGACGCCGGAGUUUGUGACGAGUGGGGUCGGGUUGGUGUGGAGGGUUAGGGUCGAGUUUGUGACGCCGAGGGUGGGGGAUGAGGGAGGGCAGGAGAGGGAGUGGGGGCAGUUGCUUGAGGAGGUCGGGAGGGAUGAGAGGGGGGUUAUGCUGGCCGCGGUGGAGAGGCUGGGGUGUGAGAGCUUCGAGGUCGCAAUUCCGGUUCGGGUGUAUGGGGCUGUGGUUGGGGGUGGCGAGGGCGGUGAGCCGGAGGGCCUGGUG